AUGGCAACACUCAAAAGGUCUACCACGUGGAGAAACUCCAACAUAUACAAUCUUACCCAAAAAAUGAGAGUAAAGAAAGAUAAAACAGAGUUUGCCAAUUGGAUUUUACAAGUUGGAAAUGCAGAAGCUAAAACAGUCCCUCGCCAAAAAGAAGACAGUGUAGACAAUGAGAACAUAGAGAUCGACGAAGCUUUACUCUUGCCUCAAGGAGAAAACCCGAUGGAAGAAAUACAAAAAGCAACAUUCCCAAAUCUAAAAAAUCAAUAUCAAGAUCAUGAAUACUUGCAAAGUCGUGCCAUCCUCACACCAGGAAAUGAAACAGUCGACGAGCUUAAUGAAUUUAUGUUGAACAAAAUCAAAGGGAAAAUGAAAGAAUAUAUUAGUGCAGACACUCUAGCUAAUGAUGCUAAUGAUUUGGAUGGAGUUAAUCUUCUCUACAUAGCAAAGUAUCUAAAUGCAAUCAUGUGCUCUGGAUUACCAAAUCAUUCGCUACUUUUGAAGAAAUAUGCACCAGUAAUUCUAUUGAGAAACAUAAACCAGAAAGAAGGGUUGCGUAAUCGUACAAGGCAAAUAGUGACGCGUUUGGGUGAAAAGGUGCUCGAAGCCGAGAUAUUAAGUGGCACAAAUGUUGGCAAUCCUCAUCCCAAGGAGCAUCAUGACAACAGCAGAUACAAAUUUUUCAUAUAA